GGAGUGGAGGUUGAAGGAUGAACAGCCUAGACUUUGGCUAGGCUUGGAGAUGGGGACCUGCCAUCAAACCAGCAAAGCCAAAGCUCUUCUCCCCUUACCUUACCUCCCAGAAUUUAUGGUAUAAUGUGAAAGAAACCAUUUCUUUACAAAAGCAAACCAAACGUCUUCUUCCUCUUCCCUUUCUUCCCCGUUUCUUCAAGCAAUUUCUCUUCUCGUUUCUCUUUCAGUCUCUUUUGCUCUCCCUAAGCUGUCUCUUUCUGUUUCACCUGCAAUGCACCAAAUGUCUAAACAGGGGUUCGACCCUCAAUUCGCAAGCAAAUUCUUCCAACAACCUCUCCCCAUUUCUUUACUAAUGACGUUCCAACUAUUCUCCCUCUCCAAAUAAGUAGAUUCCUCUUUUCUAUCUGUCUUCGGGGCAUUUCUUCGAACACCCUCCCUGGGUUUUCUUUCCUUCUUUUCUGUUAGUAGUUUCUGCAUAAAGUACCCCAGAGAGUGAGAGAGAGAGAGAGGCGCAGAUAGAAGCAGAAAGAUGAAGGAUUGGAGUUGGGCUGUUGUCGGGCUUCUCCAUUUGGUCGUCUUCCUGAGGAUUGGUGGCGCUGUGGAGCUAGGCGGGAGUCAACGAACUGAACGCAUUUCAGGUAGUGCUGGAGAUGUCCUGGAAGAUGAUCCGGUGGGAAGGUUGAAAGUGUUUGUCUAUGAUCUUCCAAGCAAAUACAACAAGAAGAUCCUACAGAAGGAUCCCAGAUGCCUCACCCACAUGUUUGCUGCCGAGAUAUACAUGCAUCGGUUUCUGUUAUCUAGCCCUGUUCGAACCCUCAAUCCUGAUGAAGCUGAUUGGUUCUACACCCCCGUAUAUAGUACUUGUGAUCUCACACCUAAUGGUCUUCCUUUACCAUUCAAAUCACCAAGAAUGAUGAGGAGUGCUAUACAGCUUAUUUCAUCAAACUGGCCUUACUGGAAUAGGACUGAGGGGGCUGAUCAUUUUUUCAUGGUACCCCACGAUUUUGGGGCAUGCUUUCACUACCAAGAAGAAAAAGCUAUUGAAAGAGGAAUACUUCCACUGCUCCAACGUGCUACCUUGGUUCAGACUUUUGGGCAGCGGAAUCAUGUUUGCUUGAAAGAUGGCUCAAUCACAAUUCCUCCAUAUGCUCCUCCACAGAAAAUGCAAGCCCAUUUCAUACCCCCUGACACUCCUCGUUCUAUCUUUGUGUACUUCCGAGGUUUAUUUUAUGACGUGGGAAAUGAUCCAGAAGGUGGUUAUUAUGCAAGAGGCGCCCGAGCAUCAGUAUGGGAGAACUUCAAGAACAAUCCUCUCUUUGACAUCUCCACGGAGCACCCAACAACUUACUAUGAAGACAUGCAACGGGCAGUUUUCUGUUUGUGCCCACUCGGGUGGGCUCCGUGGAGUCCAAGACUGGUUGAGGCAGUGAUAUUCGGGUGCAUCCCCAUCAUCAUCGCAGACGACAUUGUGCUCCCAUUUGCCGAUGCCAUCCCAUGGGAACAAAUUGGGGUGUUUGUGGAUGAAAAAGAUGUUCCCAAGUUGGACACCAUUCUCACAUCAAUUCCUCCAGAAGUAAUAUUGAGGAAACAGAGAUUGCUUGCCAACCCUUCAAUGAAGCAGGCAAUGUUAUUCCCCCAACCCGCUCAACCGGGGGAUGCUUUCCACCAAAUCUUAAAUGGACUUGCACGUAAGCUGCCGCAUGCCAAGAGCAUAUACGUAAAGGCAGGCGAGAAGACCUUAAACUGGACGGCUGGCCCUGUGGGCGAUCGGAAACCUUGGUAGCUGGUAUAAAAUCACCUGUCAUGCCAUAUUCUUAUCUUGUUGCUGUAUUCUAGCUGUUGAUUCUCCUCUAGUACACAUCUCUUCAUUUCAAAAGAAUGUAUUUGGCUGUAUCUUAGUUUUUGUACUUCUAGGUUUGUGGCCUUCUAUGUUUUAGCUAGCAUCAGAUGAAACAUAUUAUAUGCACUGAAGUGUAGAUGAAACAUAUUCCAAUGUGAAUAAGACAGAAUUUUUCUAA